AUGAUUCCCGGGACAUUUAGUACAUGUUGUAGAACUAAAUUCGGGUUCUCAAACGCCAAGCAAACGCAAUUAUGUCGGUUUAUACGCCCGUUUAGUUUAAAAAAAGCUUCGUCGCUCCAAAGCAUAGUACGAAAAAAUUCUGGAUCAGCUUCAGAACUUGAUGUGAUCAGUGACGACAAAGCUCUUCUAGAACGCAUCUGCCAAACGGUCCGAAAGCGUUGUUUAGUGUGUAUUGAUGAAGACGGUGGUCAUAUUGAACACACAACAUGUAUAAAUUAA